AUGAAGCCCAGAGUGUACUCAAUUUGUUCGAGGAUGGAGUGGGAAAAUUUGGCUUGCCUAACAGAUUGCGAGGAGAUCUUGGAACUGAAAAUAUUUCUGUUGGCUCAGUACAUCAUUGACAGGCGAGGAACUAACAGAAGUAGUUAUAUAACAGGUCGAUCAGUACAUAAUCAGAGAAUUGAACGUUUAUGGUCUGAAGUUAACAGGGUGGUGACAAAACAUUUCAAAGAAUUGUUCAUUGCCAUGGAAGAUGAGAAUAUUCUCAGUGAACUGGAUGAAAUUGAUCUAUUUUUCCUCAGAUAUGUAUUCCUGCCUAGAAUACAAAAUUGUUUAGAACAGUUUGUAGAUCAGUGGAACAAUCAUAACUUGAGCACCAUGAGAGGGUAUUCUCCAUUACAGCUAUGGCAACUGGGGAUGAUUGAUAAUGGGUUUGAUGUUGACAUGAAUGAUGAUCCCCAAUAUGAUACUAACCCUAUGGACUAUGGAGUUGAUAUAAAUGAUCCCAUUACAGGAAUUAUUACACAAAAUAAAAUAUCAAUACCACUUCCUCACCCAGAUGUCAUGGUAUUGGAGCAAGAGUUGCGAAGAAUAGUUCCAAAUCCCCUGAGUGAGGAUGGUAGAUAUGGAAUCAACCAGUAUCUGUCUGUUCAACAUUUUUUAAGAGCUUCCCUUUCAGUGAGUGGAGACUAG